AUGGCGACAGAUGCAAAUAUCAACAUCACCUCAGCCUCUCUGCGGGGCAGUCCUUCCGAUCGCAUCAUCAAGCCUCGACCUCGGAAGGAUUCGCUCCAGUCCAUCUCCGGUUCCGACACCCACCCCGGUCGCGUUGUGAAGCCUCGUGCUCGAAAAUCCCCGGGCUCUGGAGCCAAACGAUCGGAACCUGCCAAGCGCAAAUUUAUUUGUUCUUUUUCUCACUAUGGCUGUGAUGUUGCCCUCAGUUCCAAAAACGAGUGGAAGCGACAUGUCUCCAUCCAGCACCUUCAAUUGGGCUUCUACCGUUGCGAUGUCGGCUCAUGUAAUCCCGACCUGAAUCCCAAUGUUCCGGGCCACAAACGCGUCUACAACGACUUCAAUCGAAAGGAUCUUUUCACCCAGCAUCACCGUCGAAUGCACAAACCCGAAUCUGGUCCUGGCUCUGUCCCGUUUCCCGCCAGUAAUGCUGAUGCCAAGGAAUGGAGGGCCUUCGAGGACAGCCUCGAAGGUGUCCGAAGCCGUUGCUGGGUUGAAAAGCGAAAGCCCCCACAACGAAGCACCUGCGGUUUCUGCGGUCGAGUCUUCGAAGGCGACGGCAGUUGGAACGAACGCAUGGAACAUGUCGGAGGCCAUUUUUCACGUGACAUUGUCGAAGCCAAGGAAGAACGCGAGGACGAGGAUCUCACCAACUGGGCCGUUCAAGAAGGUAUCAUCAGAGAUGGCGGCAACGGCCGUCAUGUGCUCAUUGACCAACCUCCUAUCUCCAGCGAGAGACCUUACAUGUCCAGAGACCGAGAUGUCAACAUGACAGACGCGCCUAGCUCUGACGCCACUUCCCGCGACCCCGAGCAGUCUCCUUCAUUGAGCGCUUCUUCACGAGCCAAGGACUCGGAACGUGGCGAUUUUUACCCCAAAGCGGAGAGCCCGCGAAGUGCUCGUCGUCUGAGUAAUGCCUUGAGUCCCAAUGGCACUCCACGUCCUCCAUCUGCUCCAGUGCUUCAGCCGUCUCCCAACUUGACCUCAGGCCCAAGUUUGGCUGCUGCGCUAUCUGGUCCUGUUACUGCUCCUAUCCUCGCACCAGCACCCUCACCAAGAUCGGGUCAGCCUCCAGCUACACCACCCGAGCGUCGAGGCUACAACCUUGCCCCUCCCCCACUUGGAUCCGCAAAGACACCAGGUUCACCAACAUCAGCAACCGCCGCACCCGCACCCGCACCCGCACCCGAUAGUGGCAGUGGUGAUAGACUCGAAGAUCUGAUUAACCAAUUGAUCAGACCCAAACCACCAAAAGCUCACCGAAGACUUACCUGGAAAUGUGUAUGUUCUCGAUCCUUUGGAGCCACAUUUCCACUGACCGAAUUUUCUAGGACUGUGCUCUUGAAAUGUCUGUAG